GAAAAACAUGGAUUAAUCUCACAAUUCAGAAUCGGUUUCGUUAUAUAAAUGGACGUUCUUCUGCUUUAGCUCGUCGUUUAUUUUAAUAUUUUCACACAGUUAGUAAAACAAAUUGAUAGAUACAAAAUGCAAACACCGGAAAAUGUUAUUCAAGAUGCCAUUGAAAAAACAGGAUUUGGCAAAUUUAAUCUAAAAAUAACAACUCUGGGGGCAUUAAUUUUUCUCAAUUGUGCACUUAGCAAUGUGAGCACAGGAUACAUAUUACCAGCAGCCGCAUGUGAUUUUGAAAUGACAACUGUUGAUAAGGGUCGCAUAAUCAUUGCGCCUGUAUUUGGUUCCUGUAUCGGAUCUGUCCUGUGGGGAUUUUUGGCUGAUCUUAAAGGACGAAGGAUUUCUUUAAUGGUUGCAUUAUUUCUGCAAGCAAAUGCAGAAAUUUUAAUGUCAUUUGCUUCAAAUUACUGGGCUUUACUCUUCUUCAAAUUUUUGAGUGGUUGUUCAAUGAUGGGUGAAAUAUCCAUUUUAUUCACAUAUGUCGGAGAGUUUCAACCCAUCAGAUUCCAAAAAAGGGUUCUUUCAUGGGUAAACUUUGUUAUGGGUAUUGCAAUAAUUAUUCUACCUCUUUUAGCCUGGGUUAUCAUUCCUCUAGAGUUUGAGUACAGAAAUAAUUAUUUCUUCUUUCGAUCGUGGAACCUGUUUGUACUAAUCUGCUCCUUGCCAGCAGAGAUUUUAGGAAUUUGGCUCAUUUUUUGCCCGGAAACACCAAAAUAUUUAGGUGAAACUGGUCAGACUGAAAAAUUGAUGAAAGUCCUUACUGAUAUGUAUACAGAAAAUAUUGGAGGAACUCCUGAAGAAUAUAUAAUAAAACUAGCCAAUUCUGGAAAUGCCGAUCUUUUAGUACUCACUAAUUCAUGGGGAAAUAAAUCAGAUUCAGAGAGUCAUGAGCCUUUUAAGAAGAGAAAAUUAGGUUCUCUGUUAAAAGAAUUUAAAUCGCAAGGACAGUAUGCUUUAAAAGCACCUUAUUUGAAACGAUUGAUUAUUAUUUGCGUAUGUUUUUUCUGCGUAGCGUCUGCAUUUUAUUCGUUUUUUAUUUGGUUUCCAGAAAUAUUUCAACGUUUAGCUUAUUUUGAAGCUCAUUAUCCCAAUAAAACUGUAAAUAUUUGCAGUAUUUCAACAAAGUCUUCAGAAAAUAUUAAUAUGGAUGCUUCUUGUGUACGAGAAGUUGAUUUAAGUGUCUAUCAAAGUUUGUUGUGGCAAGGCAUUAUUGCUUUAAUUCCCAAUAUUUUAUUACCACUUUUAGUUGAUAAAUUGGGAUUCAGAUUUUUUGCAGUAACAUUUUUAGGUAUAGCUGUCGGUGUUACAACAGGUCUCAUUUUUGCAAUUUCUUUUAUGCAAAAUGUCGUGUUGUCAUCAAUUUUUUUGGCUGUCAUGGAUGCGGCUAUGAGUGUCAUGUUUUCUUUCGUCGUUGUUCUUUUCCCUACAAAAAUCCGCGUCUUUGCAUCAACAAUAUCUGGAUUUUCUAGCCGUUUAGGUACUAUGUUUGGUAACGUUGCUGUUACUUAUUUAAUUGACGAUAAGUGUAUUAUCCUAAUUGCAAGUGUCUCGAUUCAAUUAUUAUUGGCAACCGCCCUCAGUUUAACACUUCAGGCUUGAAGACAUCCAAUUAUUUAUAGUGGAUUGGAAAGUUAUUUUUAAACAAGAAGACGUUCUUUAGCUGCACUUUUUGGCGCGAAAUUUAAGAAAUUGAUGAAGUAGCUUGCUCUUUGAAAAGAAUGCCGCUAUUUAUAGAAAGA